AUGUUUUUUGGAGCUGACUAUUUGGAUUGGUCUAGAAAAAAACCCAAAUUACAUGACUACCGGAGCAAUAACCUUUGCUAUAAAAAUGGUAUUACUACCCAAAAUUACAAUAAAGAGGAUAAGUUGUACAAAGUAAGUGCAUUUAUUGAAUUAAUGAAUACAAACUUUCAAAAAUGGUGUGUUCCGGAAGAAAAUGUAUGUAUAGAUGAGAGUAUGAUUCCAUUUCGUGGUAGACUUGGAUUUCGUCAGUACAUUCCCAAUAAACGUCAUAGAUAUGGUCUCAAAGUAUACAAACUAUGUGCUGAUGGUGAUUAUACUUAUACACUGAAAUUAUAUGGGGGAAAAUCAACUAGACCAGGGACUACCAGUGUUGCAACAGAUGUGGUAAUGGAACUUAUGGCAUCUUUACUAAAUAGUGGCAGAACGCUGGUAACUGAUAAUUUUUAUACAAGUGUUUCUCUCGCUAACAAACUAAAUACAGCUAGUACUCACUUAAUUGGAACUCUAAGACCGAAAAGAAAAUUUAAUCCAACACCUGUUGUAUCUGUUAGGUUAACAAGAGGAGAAAUGACUGCAUUGCAGAGCAACACAAAUGUAAUUGUAGGCAAAUGGAGGGAUAAAAGAGAUAUUUUGUUCUUGACCACUAAAGAUGUUCCAAAAAUGCAAGAUAUAGUUACGAGAAGAGGUACUGUGAAAAAACCUUCCACUAUACUGGAAUACAAUAAAAGUAAAUCUUUCAUUGAUACCUCUGACCAGAAAGCAGCAUAUGCAUCUACGAUUCAAAAAGGAAUCAAGUGGUACCGUAAAAUUAUUUUUGAGUUAUUAACAAACACGGGAGUUGUAAAUGCCUAUCUCCUUUUUAUUCAAGUCACAAGGGAGAAAAUGUCCAUUACACAAUUUCGUGAAGAACUGGUACUGGCUUUGACUAAACUAGAUGACAGGACAUCAUAA